AUGGAUCCCGGAGCCACAAUCACAACAUGGCAGCAGGCCUUUGAAGAAUAUCGCAUCCCCGUAACGCGGGCUAUUGAGAAACAAUUGCGUGCAAGCGCGGCACGCGACAGAGAAAAACUACGCGCUCUAGUUGGUGGGAGCUAUCGCGAUCUACUAGCCACUGCGGAAGCAAUAGUGGGUUUGGAAACAACAUCAAAGGCCGCAGAAGAACACCUAGCAUCCAUCAGUCUUAAUUGUCGGCCGCCGAACCAAGAUGUAUCUGCUCGACCGCCUGCUCCUGAGAAGGUCGCAUUGGCCCAAGUACGACUGUUACAGCAAUGUUGCAUCACGUCAGCUACGGCUUUGCGGGCUCAAAAUAUCCUGCAAUGUGCCCAACUGAUUGUGGUUUCUAGCUUGCUACUGAAAUCCCUAGGUGGCCAGCAAGGACUGAUCCAGAGCCUAGAAUUCUUGAGAGACAAGAUCGGCCUACUACGGCGACAGCUGCUUCGGCAGGUGGAUGCUAAACUGGUGAAUCCUGUAUCCAACCGCUCAGGCCUUCUCAACUCGCUGUGCUCUUAUUGCUUGGUCACUAGUGUCUCUUCUGAGGACGCCCUUGCCCAUCUCCGCCAGCUCAGGCUAGAUAAGCUCCGACGACAGUUGACAAAGUCCGGGAAUCGAGACACCAUCUCCAACGCUCUUCAGUAUCAAAUCAUAUCUCUACAGGCCUUCAAAUCUUUAACCGGACGCCCCAUUGUCGAAGCGAUGAACGGUCUCCAAAGAAGGCCAAUUCUGGCCGACCCGACGAUCAGAGAACUCGAGACUUUAGAUCUUGACAGGACUUGGCCACUACUUCCUACCGAGAUCCAGACCUUUGUCCCUUAUUUCAAGCGUAGCACGUCAACCUCGGAAGAGAUAGAAUCUAAACUUGAGGCAUGGUCGCUGGAAGUAUCUCGAGUUUUGUCCACCAGCUUGGACCGUCAUCUUGCAGGCAUGAAUGAUAUUACAACGGUCCUAGAGCUCAGAAAGGAACUAUACGCGACCUUACUGCCUUCCUACUUUUCCACCCCGGCUAGCGCAAACAUUACAGAGCAUAUUAGACAGUCUCUCAACCAAAGACUGAACACAAUUUGUCAGGAACAGGGUUCGCGGUUGACCGAGAUCACGAGACUGUUGUCAGAUGGAACCCACACAAGACAGUCGACCAAGUCCUUGUGGGAUGCUGAACUAGUGCAAACAAGCUUGAGCCAUGGUGGUUCCAGAUUCACCAAGCAAGUGAAGAAUCGCCAUGCCGGCCUCAAUGGAGUGUUGUCCAAAGGUGCCAAAUUAUUGGAUGCUUGGCUACUGUCUGUCAAUGAUACGCAGAAUCAGAUUGACGAACUGGUCAAGAUUCGUUGGCGAGACAUCGUGGAAGAGCCUGAAGAAGAACAAGAAGACGACGCUUCAGAGCUCAUCAGAGCGCUUUCGGAGAAGGACAAGGAGAUUUACAGCAACAGUCUGCAAGAAUCGCUACGCAAGUCGUUGGCAGACUACCAGAAGAGCAUGGUCGAGGCUACAUCGUAUAUCACCGAUACUACCCCUAGUGUUGCUAGCGCGGUGAUGCUACUACGCUCGAUACGAACAUCAACGGUGGCAUUGCAACGCGCCUUUCUAGACGAUUCACGAUUUGAAAGCCUGGACACUCUGGUGACAAAGUUGCACGAAGUCGUCGCACAUGAGGUCACCCGUCGACUGUCUCAAUCCAUGGAAGAGGGCACAAGACCCCAAAAACUAGGCAAGACCACGUUGCCAAAUGACAUGCCCUCGCCGACCGCUUUUUCGACGUUAAGAAAGCUAUGCAAGAUCAUGCUUGAGAUUGGUGGGACCGACCUGUGGUCUCCUCCUGCGGUCAGUAUGGUGAAAAAAGCCGUCUACCAUCGGAUCUUUGGUACAGCGAACGUAUCUUCUUAUACCUCCAGCGGGUUUGACCAAGCCUACCUCCGCGCUGCACUUGGCCCCGACCCGCGGCAAAACUUGUCAAAAGAGUCGGACUCCGAAGCAGAUGUUCCGGCAGCGGCCGAGUACUGGACAAGAACAAAGCUGCUGUUUGGUGUGAUUGCCUAG